GUCGUAUUCAUAUAUAAAAUAUAUAUUUCAUCCCUUUUCUUCUCUCUCUAUCUCUCUCUCGUAGUAUAUAACUGCACCAAAGAGAGUCACAGAAACACAAGCCCAGAAGAAAUUAAGAUCACCCCCACCACAUGUCUUAGCCAUAGAAUAAAUUCAGAUUUCUGUGGCCAAGUUAAUCCCAAUCUCUACGUCAUAGAUAUUAGCUGUCUCUGUGCUCUUUAUCUUUCCCUAUCUUCAAUACCAUUACCACAAUCUCAUCUGGGAAACACACACCCAUCUCUCUCUCUCUCUCUCUCUCUCUUACUUUGAUUUGAAAGCUAUAAGACUGCCAACACUGCUUUCCCCCUUGCAUUUCUAGAUAUACACACAAAACCAAACCAUCCCUUAUAAUAUCUAUAUCAAUAUGGAGUCUUCAAAAGAGUCCCAUACAAAUCAAGAACUGGGCCAUAGUCUCAAGGCCCUAACACUCUCUCCUGACAAAGAAAAACCAACCUUGAACAUGUUAGCCACUGCGUCUUCAUGGUCCAUUGGGGACUACAUUGGCAUGGAGAGCUGCCUUGAUAUUAACGAUGAGGUACAGUAUUCAUCGAAGGAUAAGAAUAGUGGGGGUGAGUCUGACUCCGAGGUUUAUAUCAAGAAGUGUAGAGUUAAGCGAGAGCAAAGGCGGGCAAUGAGGCAAAGAGAGUUCCCACCUCCAAUACCAUUGCUUGCACGUACAGAGAAUCUGCCUUGUCAUAUGCCUUGGGUGCUGAAAAGACACUACACCAGCGAUGGAAGGUUGAUUCUCACCGAAGAGAGGGUGAAACACCACGAGUACUUCCGGGCUCACAGGGCUGAUGGGCGUCUCACAUUGCAGCUUGUACCAUUAGACGACGAGGUUUGGGUUCCUGAUGAUCAGUGCGACCAUUGUGGCACAAAUGAUGAAGAAGAGGCAGACAUUGAUGAUACUGAAGAAAAGGAGACGGAAAAGGAAAAUGAAGUGGCCAAUGAUGUUGAUGUUAGUAAGACUGUGUACCAAUCACCUCUUUCCGAGCCAGCAAAAGUGGAAGAUUUGUGUACUAGAUACGAAUUUUAUAACGGCGAUGUUGAUGUUGAUGAGGUUGAGGUUGAGAAGGAGAUGAUCCAUAAGGAUAGGAGUGUGGUGGUUGAAGAAUCAACGAAGAUCGGAGGUGGUGGGAUUGGUGGUACAGCCACUAAUGCAGCAGGAAAGCGCUUAAACUUAAACUACAACAAUGUGGCGUCACCGGGGUCGUGUAUUUUUGAGGUGCCAGUCCAGCAAUACGGACAGUUCAUAGCUAACACAAAUUUACAUUUAUGUGAUGCGAUUAGUCUUAGUAGAGCUUAGGUCCACUUAGCUUUUGUUCCUCAAUAUUGUCAAUCAUCAUUAUUUUCUUCUAGGAAAAUUCAUUGCAUAAUUAGUCCUAUUUGUUUUAUGCUGCAUAUUAGGAUGGUUACAGAGGCAAAUGAUGAGAUCCACCGUACAAUUAAUGAUUUUUGUUUAACUGAAAGUAGCUCAUUCCAUUUGAAAACAAUUGCUUAUCAUUGUCUUUGUCCCAUCCAGAAUUUUGUUUUUGUUUUACUGAAAGAGUGAAAGUACCUAUUUUCCAAUU